UUCAGAUUGUGCGCAAAAUGCUAUCGCAUCGUUGUCAAUUGCUUGCACGAGAUUUUCGUGCUGUGUUUGCGCAUGCCCGUUGUGUCACUUCCUGUGGCCAGGUGUCACGCGUAGACCUUCAACAAUGAUUUGGAUAUCCCUUCUUACAGCUGCAUUUCUCACCAGAACAGGAGUUGCUGCCGGUACCACCAAACUCCCAGGAAAUAUCACCAUUGUGGAGGGGAUGACGGGAGCCACGGGGCCCAUUGGUGCGACCGGGCCGCUCGGACUGUCUGGCCCCAUGGGGCAGAAAGGCAUGAAGGGGGAGAUGGGGAUGGCGGGAGGCACGGGCCCUCCUGGUGGCCGAGGUGAGAUGGGUGGGACAGGCCCAACUGGCCCCCAGGGAGCAGCCGGCCCCCGGGGAGACAUUGGGGCCACAGGUGUGGCUGGACCUGUAGGGGCGGUAGGGGCGACAGGACCGAUUGGCCGGACUGGAAGGGAAGGAUUAAAGGGAAACCCAGGUCUACGAGGUCCUAAAGGAGAGACCGGCGAUGACGGAGACAUGGGGGGUCGUGGAGCACCCGGGGAGAAGGGAGCGGCGGGUUCCACGGGGGUGCAGGGGGAUACAGGUACACGCGGGCACACGGGUGCAAGAGGGGUGACGGGACCUGCAGGAGCGACCGGUGUUCGCGGACCCGAGGGAUUGCCAGGACAGACGGGUUCCGAGGGAGAGGUGGGCAUGACUGGCCCCCAAGGACCAGUUUUCACCGAUGUCAAUGAAUGUGCCACGUCAGACCAUGGCUGCUCACACAACUGUGUGAACACAAUACAAGGGUAUCACUGCACGUGCAAAACCGGAUACCGUCUGCUCAUCUCCGACAAUAAAACAUGUUCAGACGUGGAUGAGUGUGAGGAACGGAAUGGCGGCUGUCAACACACUUGUUCCAACUCUGACGGCAUGUACGAGUGCGCCUGUGAGGAUGGCUACAGACUAGGUCCGGACAGACGUUCAUGUUUAGACAUAGACGAGUGUAGGGAGCGGCACGGUGGGUGUACGAACUUACAGCAUUGUAUCAACAUGCCCGGGGGUAACCAAUGUGUGAGGAGGGAGGUGGGCGUUGCAGCAGCGAAAUCAUCAGCCUCCACUCAAGCAGUUUGUGAAAAAUACAGUGGGAUUUUAAGCAGGUCAACCGUCAUCGGGCUCAUCGUCUGGCUUAUCCUGCUCAGCCUCCUGCUAUUCCUCAUCUUGGCUUGCCUUUUCGCCAGGAAGGGGCGGCGUAGUCGGGACGAGAGGCGUUUUAACGAGGGAGCUUGGGAAACAAAGUCUCACAGAAGUGCCUACUCAAGCAGAAUGCCUGAGGUCAAUUAUUAUUAAGCCUUAUGAAACAAAUAACGUAUAACUCGACUGUUGUAACGUGUAUAUAAGAACAUAUAAUAGUUAUACAUUAAAUUAUUUAUCUUUU